AUGAGAUUUCGAUGAGAAAACACAAUCAAAUAUUAAAUUAUUGUAUUCUCGCGUAUAUCCAGUUAAUUAUACUAUUUUAAUAAAUAUCAAGUGAUUAUAACAUCUCAUUAGUAUCAAAAAUGGCCCGACGAUAUGAUUCAAGAACAACAAUCUUCUCACCAGAAGGUCGUUUAUAUCAAGUAGAAUAUGCUAUGGAAGCUAUUUCACAUGCUGGAACUUGUUUGGGAAUUUUAGCAAAAGACGGAAUCUUAUUAGCUGCUGAACGUCGAAACAUCAAUAAACUGCUUGAUAAUAGCAUCUUUGCUGAAAAGAUCUACAGAUUAAAUGAAGAUAUGGUGUGUUCCGUUGCUGGAAUUACAUCUGACGCAAAUGUUCUUACAAAUGAAUUGCGAGUCAUUGCACAACGUUAUCAACUUCAGUAUGACGAGCCGAUUCCAGUUGAACAGCUUGUAUCUAGUUUAUGUGAUGUAAAGCAAGCCUAUACUCAGUAUGGUGGUAAACGUCCAUUUGGUGUAUCAAUUUUAUAUAUGGGAUGGGAUAAGCAUUAUGGAUAUCAAUUAUAUCAGUCUGAUCCAAGUGGAAAUUACAGUGGAUGGAAGGCAACUUGCAUUGGAAACAACGCUGCUGCCGCAGUGUCUGUACUAAAGCAAGAAUUGAAUGAAACUCCAAUUCCGUUGGGCGAUGCCGAGGAUCUAGCUAUUAAGGUUCUCGCAAAGACCUUAGACAUGACUAAAUUGUCAUCAGAAAAGAUUGAAAUGUCAACUUUACAGCGCGAUGGUGAUGCAACGACUAUUAAGAUUCUCUCAAAUGCUGAAGUAGACAAGUUGAUUGCAAAGUAUGAGAAAAUUCAGGCUGAAGAGGAAGCAGCUAAAAAGGAGAAAUUAGCUCAACAGCAACAACAACAACAGAAAUAAGCUGGAUUGUAUUUCCUUAAACAUUUUUUUAAAUAAUGAAUAAAAUAUUCAAUAAAUUUAUUAUUCACUUAAAACGGAAUUAAGGUAUUGAACAAAUAA